UAUUAUGUCUUUACUGCAUACCUAAAUGUGUUUCUUAUUCAAACCAUAAUUAAAAGCAAGCGUUCCUUCGUUCACCGUGAACAAUAUAAUGAAAAUUUCAUAAAAGCAUCAACAAUAAAUAACCUCUAAGUUUUUGUUAUGAAAUAUGGAAUCGCAAGUUUGUGUCCACUGCCUCAACAAGAAGGCUAUUAACUCGACGACUAAUCGCUUGGUGACGGAAAGCUGCGGGCAUGUGAAGUGUAUGGACUGUCUGUUACACGAGACGGCCGGUUGCGUUGCGUGCGCCGCUGAGAGCAGCCCCAAGGAGUCCGAGGACACUCCGGAGCCCAGCGAGGGGCCGCCGUCGGACGGCGACAAUGCCGAGCCCGAGCCGCCCCGCACGGAGUUUCCUCUCCAACAUUUCCUGCUAGGGAGGGACGAAGACGAGAAAGAGUCUCGGGCAGAAUACUGUUAUGACAAGACUGAAAAGAAGAAGCUGGAGACCUCUCACAUUAGGGUAGAAACAGAUGGGAAUCGGAGGUGUUACUUCUGUACAGCAUGCAAGAGGAAGUUCCAUGCUCGGAGUCAAGUGUCCUACCAUGCCUACUGCAAUGGACAGCAGAAGCCCUACCAGUGUCCUGAGUGCAAUAAGAGUUUCGCGUCCCACUCCCACUUCAAGUACCACAUGCGGGUGCACCGCAACGAGCGCACGUACGCGUGCGAGCUGUGCGGCGACAGCUUCUUCCAGAUGUCCAAGCUGCAGAGACACAAGCUCAAGCACACCAAGGAGAAGAAAUACCCCUGCCCGGAGUGCAGCAAGGCGUUCAACAACCUAACAGCGCUGCGCAAGCACGCGCUCACGCACUCCGACGAGCGGCCGUACGGCUGCGAGACGUGCGGCCGACGGUUCCGGGACUCCAGCAACUAUCGCAAACACGUCGCUAAACAUAACGGUACCGGGUGCGCGCGUACGUGCGUAUGCGGCGCGUGCGGCCGGAGACGUGCGCGCGCUCACGUGUGUCCGCGCUGUCCGCAGGCCUUCCACGCGCGCAAGGACAUGCGCCGCCACGCCGCCGUGCACUCAGAUUUGAAGCCGUUCCGUUGCCGCGUGUGCAGCCGCCGCUUCCGGCGCAAAGACAACCUGGAGCGUCACAUCCGCAACACCCACCCCGCCGAGCCCCGCGCCCACGCCGACUCGGCCGAGCCCGCCGACCGCGGCAAACACGCCGACGAGAAGACCAAGCUCCAAAGCCUCAAUCCACUGCCGCCCCUACCACAGGAGCUGAUACAGAAGCAUCUACACGAAGACAAGGCCAAUAAGCGGCUGCCGCCCGUCGACGCGAGCAAGUUCACCAAGCUAGCCGUCAAGGUGGAACUGCAGAUCCAGAAGCUGCCUGAAGACGAACACGCUUGUAUGCCGCCGGGCCCCUCGGAGCUGAAGGCUCCGGCGCCGGAGCCGGGCGGGGCGCAGCGCAGCGUGGCGGAGAUCCUGGCGGCCAACACCGCGCGCCAGAGCGUCAUCAUCGCCGCGCGCCGCGCCAAGCCCGAGCACAGCGAGUACGUGCACAAGAUACGGAAGGCUAACCGGCGACUGCCCGCGCUGCUGCCGCCCAUCGACGAGAGCAAGUUCGCCAAGCUGGUCGACCCCGACCUGCAGAACAACCUAGAGGUUGGCGCGCCGCCGGAAAAGUUCCGGGAGCUGUACAAGAAGAUCCUGUACGAGCGCUCCGAGAAGGAGGCGCUGGAGGAGCAGCACUGGAAGAAGAAGAAACUCAACAUCAACUGGUGA